CGCCCAUUCUUAAUCCCUUAUAUCCGCUAAUACCGCGGCAGACAUUUACCCAGAAGCACCAGCUGCCGCCAACCAGCAUAUCAAAGUUCCGUGUUGAGGAGCUCCGUGUUUAGGAGACAACUUUUCUUUUUUCUUUUCUUUUUACCUAUAGCUCUGCUGAAGCCUGCGGAGGGCGAAAGCUGAUCGGCAUGGCCUCGUCUGACGACACUGAAGGGUCUCUGACUCCUGUGGAUUUUAUCCAGCUGCAGCAUUACAUGGAGUACAGCAGUUUGAGUGUGAAAGAUGUGAUAAAGGAAUUUCACCCCGGGGGUCGUCUGUCCCAGCACAGCUUUGGAGAGUGUGUGGAUGCGGUGGGCUUCUGUCUUUUCCUCAAGACUUACCUAGAAGUGGAUGACUUCCCCGCAGAUUUCUGCCAACGCCUUUUUCGCUAUUUUCAACACGUAGAGCAGGAUGGGUUGACUAAGAGCCCUGUGCCCAAAGGAGAUGGCGUCUUUCUUCGUGAUGUGUCCUGUUAUUUCUCGGUGCUGGAGGAAGUACAACCGCGGGAGAAGCUCGAAUUUACUUUCAAGCUUUACGAUAAAGACGGCAAUGGACUGCUGGACAGCUCUGAGGUGGAUCGUAUAAUCACCCAGAUGAUGCGAGCUGCUGAUUACUUGGGCUGGGACGUCACUGAACUCAGACCAGUGCUCAAAGAUAUGAUGACAGCGAUCGACGUGGACGACAGCGGGACUGUCACUCUGGAGGAAUGGGUGAAGGGAGGCAUGAACAAUGUGCCGUUACUUGUUCUGCUGGGACUGAAGAUGAUAGAGCGAGAUGGGCAGCACAUGUGGAGGAUGAAGCACUUUAACAAGCCGACCUACUGUAGUGUGUGUCAGAGCAUGCUGCUCGGCCUCGGGAAGCAAGGACUCUGCUGCACCUGUUGCAAGUACACUGUCCACAGUCAGUGUGCCAACAAGAAUCCCGAAUCCUGUGCUCGUACAUUCGUCAAAUCCAAAAAGGAGAUUGGUGUCGCAGCUCACGACUGGAUCAGAGCUGACAGUAACUCCACCAAGUGUCAGGUCUGCCACAAGAAGAUCAAAACUUUAGCAGGGAGGUGUUGUGUGUGGUGUCAGGAGAUGCGUCAUGAUGAGUGUGUUCUCGCUGGCUUAGCAUCUUGUGACUGUGGGCCACUGAGAGACCAUAUACUGCCUCCAUGGGCCAUAUACGCCGUCUCAAAGCAGGAGGAAGACACCAGCUUGUUAAAUGUCACUCCUGAUGGCCAUGUCCUGCAGAUCGUUCCUGUUCCAGACACCCACCCACUGUUGGUGUUUGUAAACCCAAAAAGUGGAGGAAAGCAGGGUGAAAGAGUGCUCAGGAAGUUUCAGUACCUGCUGAACCCACGUCAAGUGUACAACCUGUCCAACGGAGGUCCUGCACCAGGACUUCACUUCUUCCGCAAUCUGCGUGAGUACAGGAUCUUGGUGUGUGGAGGAGAUGGCACUGUCGGAUGGCUCCUGGAUGCUAUAGACAGAGAAGACCUCCAGGUGUGCCCUCCAGUGGCUGUUCUGCCUUUGGGUACUGGGAAUGACUUGGCUCGCUGUCUACGCUGGGGAGGAGGCUAUGAGGGGUCAGACCUGAGAGAGAUCCUGAAGGAGAUCGAAGCAAGCGAGUUGGUUCACAUGGACCGCUGGAGCAUUCAGGUGAUUCCAGAAGACAACCAAGAGGCAGGAGAUCCUGUGCCCUACGAGAUCAUUAACAACUAUUUUUCUAUCGGAGUGGAUGCCUCGAUUGCUCAUCGUUUCCACUCCAUGAGGGAGAAACACCCCCAGAGGUUCAACAGCAGAAUGAAAAACAAACUUUGGUAUUUUGAGUUUGCCACUUCAGAGACCAUUUCUGCCUCUUGCAAAAAGCUGAAGGACUGUCUCAUGAUUGAGUGCUGUGGGAGACACCUGGACCUGAGCAACCUGUCUCUGGAGGGCAUAGCUGUCCUCAACAUACCCAGCAUGCACGGAGGCUCCAACCUGUGGGGCGAGUCCAAGAAGCCUGAUGGUGGUCCAGAGGUGGAGCACGGCGAGGUCAUUACUGACCCUGAAGUUCUGAAAACAGUCUCACAAGAUAUGAGCGAUAAGCGUUUGGAGGUGGUCGGGCUGGAAGGAGUCAUAGAGAUGGGACAGAUCUACACUGGACUGAAGAGUGCCGGGCACAGACUGGCACAGACCUCCCAGAUUACCAUCAGGACAGUCAAAGCCCUACCCAUGCAAAUCGAUGGGGAGCCCUGGAUGCAGCCUCCAUGUACUAUCCACAUAACUCACAAGAACCAAGCUAACAUGCUGAUGGCUGCACCAGCAAAACCAUCUGGCUUCUUUCACCUCAAGUAGAUCAGCGGUUCAGUUGCGUUCUCCAUCCCGCUGAGGGUCACAGCAGACCACCGAUAUUACCGUGAAAAUGAUGCAGGAUGAGUAUUUAAAAUAGACGGCCCAUCACUGUGUGUAUAAUUGUGUGUUUUUGUUAUUUUUUGUUAUUGUAAGUGUUAUUGUGUAUGUCUUUUACACUUAAUCCCUAUAUAAUUUUCAAUUAUUUCAAAGUACAGUAGGCAGAGAACACACUGACAUACCGAAACAAAAGUGCAAAUUUCACCACUCAGUCUGAUCGCUGCUAUUGUGUGCCACCGUCAGGGUAGUCAAUUCGUUUUCUCGUUUUUGUAAAUGAAACAGCUGGGCAUGUGGUAUAUUUACACUGUAUGGAUAAGGAAUAUAUCCACUCUUUUUAUGUCGUGAUAGCUUUUUUUUGUGGUUCAUCGGUUUUGCAGUAGUGUCUUGUUGAGUUUCAUGUGUACUUCCUAAUGCAGCUGGGCACCCAUGAAAAGGAGAGCGAACUCUCUUUGGGCAAAAACAAAAUUGUGAUGCUUUACUUAGCCCUCACAAAGCUCACAGCAGCUCAUCUCGUUCAGCAACACUUUCCUAUGCUACCUGUCUGUUUUCUUGUUUUGUCAGUGUGUUCAUUCAACUAAAAUUUAUUUCAGUUUUUUUUUUUUUGACUGUUUCUUGAACAGUCAAAAAGAAAAAGAACAGAGAAAAUGUGAGAAACACUUGAUUGAAUUUGACUGAAUGUGGUUUUAUAAAGAUUUAAUCUUCAGUUAUAAAUGAGUCCAGAAAGUCUCGGCCGGUUUUAGUACAAAUAAACGCAUCCACUAGUAUUUAAUACAUUAAAGUGUACUGGACAAGAGUAAUACUUUUUUCAUCAUGGGACUUUGCUUACAGUUUAUGUCUGUGUGUCAUCCUGUUGUUAAGGAGAUUCCCUCAUUGAUUAGUCUUCUUAAAAACAGUUACAGAACACAGAAACCUGAGGAAGUCAGAUGAAAUAUUAUUGAUAAUCAAAUGACAUAAACACUAUGUGAAUGGAGAAAUGUUGUGAAAAAGUGCUGAGGUUAAGUGUUUGUUUCACUUGCAUGUGUGUUCACUUAUUAUCCUGUCUUAAUGUCAGAUUGUGUAGUUGUCCUUUGCAUGUAUGUCUUGACAAUAAUGUAAACUCAUGAGGCUCAUACAUCAUUGAUUUAUCAUCAGACCGACUACCUGGUGAAUGGGCAGAUAAAGGAAAUGAUUACAAUCUGUUGAACAACUAGGAGUUUACGUUUAUAAUUUACUGACUGACCUUUAUAUAUUUGUAGGGAUCUUACUGUAUGUUAAGGCGCAUGACUGUAUUUUUCAUGAGGAUACAAAACCCCAUUUUCAUUUCCCAUUUCAUUUCAUUUCAUUUUCAGUCUUAAAACUCUCCUAAUGGACAAACAGCAGCAUACCUGAAAGAUUACAUCAUCAUAUAAAUCACUGAACUUAAUAAUAUCCUGCUUACGCUGCUCUCAACAAUGUGGAAAAAAGACAAAUCUGCCUAUAAAAACAUCUGCUGUAUAAUAACGCAGUCUGACGUGUACCGUCAUGCUCGUCUGUCAUAAAGAAUGUUUACCAGCAUUUAAAAAUGCUUGUAUUUCAACUGACUUUGUGCACUUAUUUUAUAUAUUUAAAUAUUGUAUGCAAGCUGUAUCACUCUGCAUGCAGCCCACUUAUUGAAACUCUAAAUCUAAGUUACUCAGAUCUCCUUAAUACCAAAGCAAGACAGUGUGCACUGAGGCAGGCUUUACGUCAGCAUGGGCGGGGAAGCAGGAGGGCUAAUCCAGAAGUGGCAGCAGCAAAGGUUUACCGGUAGUUCAGUGUAGAUGACGUGUGUGUGUGUGUGUUAAUGUGUGUUUCUGACGUCCGGGGACAACAAAGACCAGUUAAUUGAGGACAGCUUGUCCAACUGGAGACAAAAGCUGCGUCCUCGAUUAGGGAAAAAGCUGAUUUUUGGGUCAGUGGUUGGGGAUGAUGGUGGAAACAGCAGAGAGGAGCUGGUGGAAAUGAAAGAUUAAACCAAUAUAUUAUCAUAUGCAUACACUGCAAAUGAAAAUCAAAAUGCAAUUUUUUUAAAAAAGGAAGCGCAAUAAUCUUAUAUUUAGAUAUGAAAUCGAGUUGGACUUGUUUUUGAGUAUGAAAGGAUUAUCCAGUGUCGAUUAAGUAAGACUGAAUUCAUCCUGGUAAAUGUCACUCGUCUUGUCUGGAUCAGAAGUUCUUACCUGUGUCCAAGUCAUUUAUUACUUCUCAAAUGGGACACGUCUGUCAAAAUAUGUCUGUAAAGUAACUGAUGUCAAGUCAAAUUGCACGUCAUAGAGUCAGAAUAUUUUUAUGGGAACACGGUGUAUCUAAACCAAAAGUGAAAACCCAGUGAAACAAGACAGAACAAGUCAGAUUGUUGGACUCAAAGAAAAUGAUGGUUUAUUGCAGACGGUGGUCAUGCUUCAGUUGCAUAAACCGUUUAAUCUCAAAAUGGGGCUACAGAGAGUCUCUCAGCAACAGCAACAUUUCUUCUUAACAACUUCACUUAAGCGAAAGAAGUAAAAGUCUGACAUUUUGGGUUAUGUGCUUUACUGUUGAAUUACAAUUAUCAAUACAAAAAAUAGUAAAAUUGAGAAAAACAUUGCCUGCAUUUUACAGCAAACAACAUCGUUUAUCUGUGCAUUUAUAUAUACAGUAUGUGUGUGUGCACACGGUACUUGUCGGCAUUGUGUGUGUUCUUGCAUGACUAAGUGAAAAAAAAGACUGGCAGAAGGAACGUGUCCAAUCUAGUCUGUUAUUUUAAAUUCGUGCUGUACACGACACAGCGUCAUACUCUAACCCCUGUAAUUAAGCACAUUAAUUCCAGGCCAGUCUGCUUAGUUGC